AUGAUCAAGAAGAAAAACUACAUCUGAACUUUGUCUUCAAUUUUAUUUCGUAACAGGUGUCUAAAUGGAGGUGACGGAUGAACUAAUCAGUGACAUGGUUCGAGUUAAGGUUGGGAGUUGGACGAAAGACGAUGUUGGGGUUUGGAGAUUCUCUCCCGCGGAGGGACAAGUUGGAAAGAACAUUCGGUUCCGAGAAGGCGAUGGUGUGGAAGCAGCUAAGACGAAGGUCGUAGCCGAGUUUAACAUCGACCGGCAGAGAGAGAAGGUGGAGCUGACUUACGAAAUGCCUGAAUGGAUGGACGUCGACGGUGGUGUCAAACCUGUGCCGAUUCACAUAGUGUCAGACGACGACAUGGACAUGUUCCUGGCGAUGCGUGUAGACUUACACGAAAUGAAGCUGUAUGUCGUUCGGAUGCCGAUGAAUAUGACGCUCGAGAUAGAUGGCUUCAAAAUGGUACCUUUGAUAGACGAGUUUGCGUUUAGUGAGGUCAUGAGUAAGGAGGAGUUCGCUAAAGAAAACAGACGGAGGCUUGACAAAGAGGCCGGCGACAACAUAAUCUGCUCUCAAGUACCGAGGGAACACAUAGGAGACAGCGGGGAUGGACCCCUAGGGUGGAUAGGGGGUUCUUACGCAGCAAGCGGAUUUCCUACGCUUUCGGCAGCUUGUAGACAUUACAAAGCGGCUUCCGAGGCGGUUCAGUAUCAUGGAUCACCGGCCAGUGUUCUGGAACCUCAGGGAAGCUCAUCCUCCGACGAUAACCGUGUCACAAGAUUGACAAGAGAUUUGUUCUCGGAUUUUGAAAGAGCUGCGACUUCAAGCGGAGAUGUACGCAGCCCAUCGGAAACACAAGCCGCCGGAGAAGGACAGGGCGAUGGAGCUGAGCUAAACAAUGGGAAUGAGGUUAUCCCUAACAGUAACACAGAGCAGCAGAAUGAACCACCCGAAACUGGGAUGUUAAGGUUGCUAAGCCUUCCUGUACACACUUUUGCGAGGGACGCAGCCCCCGUGUUAGACGAGAACGACCCAGAUGGUUCAGAAAGAACAAGACUUGUCGUGCUGGAUGUUGACUACGAAGGGGACGAGUUAUUCGUGGGACGCGUGUUCAAGAACAGAGAUGACUGCAGAGUCAAACUCGCUGUCCAUGCUAUCAACCGGAAAUUUAGUUAUCGUAAUGACCGCACCACCAACGACGUGGUGUACCCAAGAGCAAGCCACGGGGCUUGUAUCGUACAUCUGCAGAGGAAUGUUGCUGCAAAGUUUAAGAAGAGGAUACUUGCUACCCUCAUUUCGAAAGCGGCAAGAGCAUUCCGGAAAUCAACAUUCAACGAGUAUUUUGAGGAAAUAGAGAGGGUUUCACCUGGCUGCGCCGAGUAUUUGAUGUCAAUUGGUCUUGAGCAUUGGACUAGGUCACAUUGCUAUGGGGAUAGAUACAACAUCAUGACUUCUAACGUGGCUGAAUCAUUAAAUGCAGUUUUAAAGGAAGCAAGAGAGCUACCUAUCGUGUCUACGCUAGAGUACAUUAGAGGGACUCUAAUGACGUGGUUUGAGAAACGUCGGGGAAAAGCAGCGCAACACAAGAUGGACCUGACCCCGAAGGUUGAGGAAAUAGUGCAAAGGAACUACGAACGAUCAACCUGCUAUGAAGUAAUCAAGAUCAAUAACGAGCAUUACGAGAUCAAGACAACAACUGGUCUAUCUUAUCUUGUGGAUAUCCAAAAUAAGACUUGCACAUGCGCAGAAUUCAACUUGCUAAGGAUCCCUUGCAGCCACGCAAUUGCAGCAGCAGUUCGUUGUGAUUUGAAGGUGCCUCUACUGGCGGCACCGCAAUAUGGGACAUUCUUCUGGAGUCUUGCUUACAAUGGAAAUAUCAAUCCGGUACCCGACUUAAGCACGCUACGUGAGGUUCCAGAUGGGAUAGCAACAAGGACGGUUCUACCGCCAAUAACACGAAGGCCACCAGACGCCGAAGAAGAAGGCGAAGCGGAGCUGUACGCGCUGCCGUGGGACUGGCCAUAACCGCGCGUCUUGCAAGAUGCCUAU